UAAAAUAUUUGAAAUUAUAUUGAUAUUAAAAGCCGUAUGCGUGUAUAUAAACGGUCAGUAUUGGUUAAAAUACUGAAAAUAUAUAUGUGUGUGUAUGUGUUUCUUAGAGAGUGCGCGAAAGCUGUAGUUAAUCUUUCUCUCGAAAUUAAAUGAAAAGUCGCUCAUAUUGCUAAUUUACUUAUAAUUUUAUACAUAUUUUUUUGUUUUUCUGUGGUACUUCUUUUACUGUUUCAAAAAAAAAGUAUCUCGUAGUAAUUACAUUUACAUUUACGUUUAAUCUUUCAAUUCCCGUUUGGAUACGAAGAUGGUACGAAAAUAGAAGCUUCUGUGUAAUACGAGCUGACUCCCUGAUAUAGUGCUUUCUCUCGGACGGUUAUUUUCGACCGAUCCUACUGCACUGUCCAGACGCUCAACAGAACGUAGAAAAAGCGUCAACGACCGCGGGUGCCACUUCGAGUGUCCACUAAUCGGCUCGAGUAUUUCAAUGAAUCAAUGCAUUUUCUAGUUGGCUGAGGAACUAACACAAGAAUAUGGUAUUCCUGAAGAUAUAUCUGUGAAGAUUACAACAACAUAUUUGAAGCUCUUUAGAAAAUGUCCUGAUAAUGUAAUUCACACCUUGGAUGUUUGGCGUAUAACUUUAUGGAGUAGAGCACUUGGAGAAAAGUACUCAUAUCUAGCAAAAAAAGUUUACGAGCGAUGGUUGUGUCUACGAUAUUAUUAUUUGACUCUGCCGUCAGAUAUAGUUUCUAUGCUCCAUCAAUUGAGGUUAAAGUACCUCUUAGGUUUGAUUACAAAUGGUCCAUCUAAUGCACAAUGGGAAAAAAUACGAAAACUUUCACUAGAACAAUAUUUUGAUAUAAUUCUUGUAUCAGGAGAUUUACCAUGGGAAAAACCCAAAAGGGAAAUAUUUCGAAAAGCAUACCGAUUUUUAAAUGUUAAACCAGAUAGUUGUGUAAUGGUUGGUGACAAACUGGAAACUGAUAUCCUGGGUGGAAUAGAGGCAGGUCUAGGGUGUACAAUUUGGAUUCCAACAUUGGAUAAACCACCCUUAUUAAGGGGAGAUCCACAACCAGAUUUUACUAUAAGGCAUGUCACAGAUCUCUUAAGUAUUUUAAAUAGAGGUCCUGAUGCACCGGAACUUGAAGAUUCUUCUUCAAAUGCGUCAGAUGGUAGUUGAUAAAAGGAGAGAUUAUUACUUCAAACUCUUUCAAAUAUUAUAGCUGAUCAGAGGUCACAUUUUUAUAUAGAGAACUUGCUAAUUAUUUUCUCAUAGUUAA